AUGGUUUCAACAAGAAGAAGUGGAUCUCUUUCUGCUAGCAAUAACAAGAGAUCUUCUUCAUCAGAGGAUAAUAAUAAGCCAACAUCACCAAAACGUCAAAAGGGAGAGAAUGGUGGGGUUACGGAGAAACCGAUGCCGACGACGGAGAAUUCUAAGGAAUCGAGUCCACCGGAGGAGGAGGAUCCGGACGACGGUGGACCUGGAGAUGCUCCGACUACUGGUGGUGGUGGUAAAGGGGCUUUGAUUUCGGGGAAAGGUCAAGAAACGGCGUCGCCGGCUGUGGCUGUUGUCACACCGAUCGCUGAAGGUUCUACUCCGGUUGUGCUGGAUAAGCCAAGAAGUUCAUUUUCGACUUGGAGUUCAUAUCAGAAGCAAAAUUCGGGCUUCGAAACGCCUUGGUGUAAGCUGCUCUCACAGUCUGCACAGAAUCAGAAUAUAGUAAUUUGCACGUCGAGUUAUUCGAUUGGUUCAACCAGGCAAUGCGAUUUUCUGUUGAAGGAUCAUGCCAUUGGCACGAUUCAAUGCAAGAUUAAACACACACAGCGCGAGGGAGGUGCUGUUGCUGUGCUAGAAACCUCGGGGAGCAAGGGAUCGGUGCAAGUAAAUGGGACACCUGUCAAAAGGGGUGCUAUCUGUGUGCUUAUUUCAGGAGAUGAGGUGGCCUUUGGUGGGCUGGGGAACCAUGCAUUUAAAAUAGAUUUUGUUGUUGCAUUGUCACAUGUUAAGAGCGCUGAGGUUCAUAACAGUCUGGGAAAAUAUUUGCAACUCGAAAGGAGGUCAGGAGAUCCAUCGGCUGUUGCGGGGGCAUCAAUAUUGGCAUCUCUUUCAAGCCUGAGACCAGAUUUAUCGCGCUGGAAGUCUCCAGGACAGACCAUCAGUAAAAUACACCAUGGUACUGACGUGCCUGCUCAGUCUGUUGUUAAUGAUGGUUCCGAGGUUGAGCUUGAUGGCAUGGAAGGCAAUUCAACUCCAAAUUUAGGGAGUGAUAAAGCUGCAGAAGUUGGAGCUAUCGAGCAGAAUCUUCCUCACGAUUGCAGCCAGGACUCUGGCACAGAGGCAGGCAAUGUAAAAAUCUCUGGGAUGAAUGAUUUGAUAAGGCCUUUCUUCAGGAUGUUAGCUCGAUCAUCUAAUUGUAAACAAAAAUUGAGCAAAAAUAUCUGUAAACAGGUAUUGGAAGAAAGGAACGAGUGGACGAAGGAUUCGCAGCUGGCAUCGACCUCAGUAAUGUCAUUGAGAUGUGCAGUAUUCAACGAAGAACUUCAUGCUGGAAUUCUUGAUGGCAAAAACAUAGAAGUUUCGUUCGAUAAUUUCCCAUACUAUUUAAGGGUUGUUGUUGCUAGCUAUUUGAAUGUUGAAUACUGGAAUAAGCUGCAGUUUCAGCUUUGUGCUGCAUUUGUUUCAGGAAUGACUUUUAAUGCUCAUAUGCUAUUGGCCUUUAUUGAUCAUUAUCAACACUUUUGCAUUAUCAAAAGUGUGGACAUGUAUCUUGUUCAGACACAGAUACUGAAGAUACUGCGCAAAAACAAUCUUAGAGGAAGGGCCAAACAAAAAGGAUGGUCUGACCAGACAUGUAAAACCAAUUUGGUGGCAAUAUGUGGCAGCUUUGGAGGUGAAUUUCACUCCUCUUAUGCCAUAAGUGAGAAUACAAAAAAUGUGCUGAUUGCAGCUUCAUUUAUACACUUGAAGCACAAAAAACAUGCAAAAUAUACCUCAGAACUAACUACAGUCAAUCCGCGGAUUUUGCUUUCUGGUCCUGCAGGUUCUGAGAUAUAUCAAGAGAUGUUGGCAAAGGCACUUGCCAAUUACUUUGGUGCUAAAUUGCUCGUAUUUGAUAGUCAUUCAUUUUUGGGUGGUUUGUCUUCCAAGGAAGCUGAGCUUCUGAAGGAUGGAUUUAAUGCAGAAAAAUCCUGCACUUGUGCUAAACAAAGUACUGUGGCAACAGAUGCAUCGAAGAGUUUGAGUUUAUCAGCUGGUGAAACAAACACACCUAGCUCUUCAAAUGCACCUACUAAUCUGGAAUCUCAAACAAAGGUGGAAGACACCCUGCCUUCUUCUUCAGGUCCAGGGGCAUCAAGGAAUCUCUUAUUUAAAAUAGGUGACAGAGUGAAAUUUAUAAGCUCAUCUUCUAGUGGCUUAUAUCAAACAGCAUCACCAUCAAGGGGCCCACCUUAUGGGAUUCGUGGAAAAGUUGCAUUACUUUUUCAGGACAAUCCUUUGUCAAAAAUUGGUGUGAGGUUUGACAAACCAAUACCUGAUGGUGUUGAUCUUGGAGGUGUUUGUGAGGGAGGUCAUGGAUAUUUCUGCAAUGUUACUGAUCUUCGUUUGGAGAAUACGGCUGUGGAAGACUUGGAUAAGUUACUCGUUAACACAUUGUUUGAGGCUGUACACAGCGAGAGCAGAAAUUCUCCUUUCAUUUUGUUUAUGAAAGAUGCAGAGAAAUCUAUUGUAGGCAAUUCAGAUUCAUAUUCUACAUUCAAAAGCAGACUUGAAAAGCUUCCUGAUAAUGUAAUAGUAAUUGGUUCACAUACGCAAAAUGACAAUCGGAAAGAAAAGUCACAUCCUGGUGGUCUUCUUUUCACAAAAUUUGGCAGCAAUCAGACUGCUCUUCUUGACUUGGCUUUUCCGGAUAGUUUUGGAAGACUUGGUGACAGGGGGAAGGAAGUGCCAAAGGCAACAAAACUUCUGACUAAGCUCUUUCCAAACAAAGUAGCUAUUCAUAUGCCACAGGACGAAGCUCUUCUAGCAUCUUGGAAGCAUCAGUUGGAUCGAGAUUCUGAAACUCUUAAAAUGAAGGGCAAUCUAAAUAACCUGCGCACUGGGAAAGGGGUUCGAUAUUUGGAGGAAAUGGAUUAUGAGUUUUAUUGUAUACUAAAAGGUUGCUGUCAGGUUUCUUCUCAGCCUCUGGAGGUUUUGGGUCGGUGUGGGAUGGAAUGUGAAGGACUUGAGACACUAUGCAUCAAGGAUCAAACGCUCACAAAUGAAGGUGCAGAGAAGGUAGUCGGGUGGGCACUGAGCCAUCAUCUAAUGCAGAAUUCUGAAGCUAAUGCUAAUUCUGAUGCAAAGCUUGUUUUGUCUAGUGAGAGCAUCCAGUAUGGGAUUGGAAUCUUGCAUGCUAUCCAGAACGAAUCUAAAAGCUUGAAGAAGUCUCUGAAGGAUGUCGUGACAGAAAAUGAAUUUGAGAAAAGGCUUUUAGCUGAUGUUAUUCCGCCUAAUGACAUUGGAGUUACAUUUGAUGAUAUUGGAGCUCUUGAGAAUGUCAAGGACACCUUGAAAGAGUUGGUGAUGCUUCCUUUACAAAGGCCAGAACUUUUCUGCAAGGGACAAUUAACCAAGCCUUGCAAGGGCAUACUUUUAUUUGGACCUCCUGGAACUGGAAAGACUAUGCUAGCAAAGGCAGUGGCAACUGAAGCUGGUGCUAAUUUCAUCAACAUAUCAAUGUCCAGCAUCACAUCCAAGUGGUUUGGUGAGGGUGAGAAGUACGUCAAAGCUGUAUUCUCGCUAGCCAGUAAAAUUGCCCCCAGCGUUGACAGCAUGUUGGGCAGGAGGGAAAAUCCAGGGGAGCAUGAGGCCAUGCGUAAGAUGAAAAAUGAAUUUAUGGUGAAUUGGGAUGGUCUACGAACGAAAGAUACAGAACGAGUUCUUGUACUUGCAGCUACUAAUAGGCCUUUUGACCUAGAUGAGGCUGUCAUUAGAAGGCUGCCACGAAGAUUGAUGGUAAAUCUGCCCGAUGCUCCAAAUAGAGCAAAGAUACUCAGAGUCAUUUUAGCAAAAGAAGAUUUGUCUCCUGAUGUUGAUUUUGAUGCAAUUGCUAGCAUGACUGAUGGAUAUUCUGGAAGUGACCUCAAGAACCUAUGUGUAGCUGCUGCUCACCGACCAAUUAAAGAGAUAUUGGAAAAGGAAAAAAAGGAACGGGCUGCAGCUGUAGCAGAAGGUAAACCUGCCCCAGCUUUAAGUGGGAGUUCUGAUAUCCGGCCCCUAAACAUGGUCGACUUUAAAGAUGCUCAUGAACGGGUAUGUGCGAGUGUUUCAUCCGAAUCAGUAAACAUGACCGAGCUCCUGCAAUGGAAUGAGCUGUAUGGCGAAGGCGGUUCUAGAAGAAAGAAGGCGCUUAGCUAUUUUAUGUAA